AUGUUUACUGGUCUCGUCGAAACCAUUGGCACUGUUGCCGCCCUUGAGAAGCUCGACCAAACAGCCUCGGGAGGCGGCGGCACAUCGUUGACCAUUUCCGGAUGUGAGGAGAUACUGGGUGACGCCCACUUGGGCGACAGUAUCAGUGUCAACGGAACCUGUCUUACCGUCACUGAGUUCACCAAGUCGUCAUUCAAGAUUGGAUGCGCUCCCGAAACACUCCGGCGAACAAACUUGGGGUCGCUGAAGGAGGGCUCCAAGGUCAACCUGGAGCGCGCUGUCUCUGCCAACACGCGCAUGGGCGGCCACUUUGUCCAAGGCCAUGUCGACACCAUUGCCACCAUCGAGUCGGUAACCCCCGACGGCAACGCGCUUACCUUCCGCUUCAAGCCUCGCGAUACUUCGGUGCUACGAUACAUUGUCGAGAAGGGCUACGUCACAAUAGAUGGAGCUAGCUUGACCGUCACCAAGGUGCAAGACGGCCCCGAGGGUUGGUGGGAGGUCAUGUUGAUUGCCUAUACGCAGGAGAAAGUAGUCACGGCAGGCAAGAAGCCGGGCGAGGACGUUAAUGUCGAGGUAGACCAGGUCGGCAAAUACGUGGAGAAGAGCGUGGCUGGAUACUUUGAGGGAUCGUCAAACGGAGAGUUUGCGAUACUAGAGAAGAUGGUUUCGAAGCUGGUAGACGAGAGGCUCAAGGCUCUUGGGAAGUGA